AUGAAUAACCAAGAAUUUGAAAAAUACUUACAGGAAAUUGAAGACCCAAAAAAUAAUCGUGAAAUAAAUUAUGGCCUACCCAAAAACCCCGAUUCCUUACAAAUAACCAAAUACAAACUUUGCAAAAAAAUCCUCGGUUAUAAGUUAGUUAAUAAUCUCACCCGAGAGCAAAUAGCCGAGAAAAUUAAUCUUAGUCUAGCUGAAACUGAGGAUAUCCUUUUCUGUUGUAUUGAAAAAUUCACACUUGAUAGAUUACUAGUUUAUGCCAGCCGUUUACUUUUUCCGUUCGAAGUAAAUAUUGACGCAGUUACUAACGAAUUAAUUUUAGAAAUAUUAGAAACAGAAUUAAAUGGAGAGGUUUUAGAACCUACUAAAUAUCAAGGCCGAUGA